UAUGGUACAAAUACUGUGACAUGUAUCACAGGUGCUCAAACAUAGCAAGGUCAUGACAACAUAAUGUAUAUUACAGACUCAAGAUGGCAUCAGCGUGGUAGAAGAGGCUGUUUUCACUGACUAUGAAACUGAAGAACAGGCAUUUUCUGGGCAACACAAGAAAAACGCAGAGUUCCUGAAAGGUUGGAUCUGAGGUCUUUGUUUGCUCUACAUGGGUAGCAGCACUUCAUGGCCUUUCUCUCUCCCUGCAUGUCAUUUGAUCAGAGCUGAAAACCACAAUGGUCUCUGGGCAACGUGCUUUGUCUACGGAAACACAAGCAUCCUGUGACUUUCUCCACUGUCAAGAAUGGCUGCAGUUUUGGACCCGUUCAAGUCUUUUUCCAGAGAAAUGCAAGUGGUCAAGAGGCUGAACUCCAGUCUGUGCCGGGCAGGAAGGAGGAAUGACCCGGGACCUGGAUGUGUAAGCUCUCAGCAGUAUGUUGCCCUGGCUCCUUUACGAGGUGAAGUCCCCCUGUUGGACCCUUGCAGCAGCCAGCUGAGUGCAGGGGCCAAGGAGCAACUUGGGAUCCAAGGCAGGCCAGAAUUCCCAGAUCUGCCUCAGGUGGCCUCUUCGUGGCGGUCCCCACAAGGAUUCAGGAAGAGGCCUCAAACAGCUCCCAACCCUUCAGGUUCAGCCGUUUCCAUUAACAUUCAGCUAGAGCCACAGAGGACAACAGCGAAAGCAGUAACCCACAACAGGCUCCCUGAUAAACACCCUGGACAUCUGGAGACCUCCUCCUCUGACCAGAGCUUAUGGAGCGUUGACUCAGCAGCAGUUCAGCGCUACAUCUACACUUCUGCCACUCAGAGGAGCUACGAGGAGGUAAACUGGUCUUUCAAGUUCCCUGGAUGCUUAAAUGCAGCUGAUGUGACCCUGGAAAGACUGGCUGACCCUGUGAGCGACCGGGCCUCUGCACGGCACUACAACGGCAGGCCUCAGCUGUGGCAGUCUGUAGGUGCUGAGUGGAACAGACGACAGCUUCGGUCCAGGAACGAUGCCAAGAAACCCAUUUCAUUCUGCAGCAGAUAUGCAAGAUCGAGUCAAAUCCCUUCGUUCACCGGGAUAAUUGGCUCAGAGAACAUGGACAACAUUGACAACGUAGAUGAAGAUUUUCAACCACUAACUGUGAAGAGGAGCAUCAUACCAUCGUACACACUGACAGCAAACCGAACCACCAUCCCAGGUUACACAGGCAAGGGUGUCUAUGCUCCCCCUGCUGCUCCCCCUGCUGCUAAUGACACCACUGUCUCUGGAGUGACCAGAGGAUCUGUGCGUGCAGCUCCUCUGUCCAGGAUGGUGACCACCGUGACCCCUUGCAACCCCUACCUGAGUGCCCGGCUUCCUCCCGCUCGAGCAAACCCAAGGAGAGACGUUAGCCUUGUGAAGAUGGGAAAGUUUUGAAGCCAUCAUCCUUCUUUUUAUGCCAUCCAAUCAGUUUAUAUGAAUAGGUCUAUAACUAUGUGAUGUCAGUGACUGAUUCGGAGUCAGUUGGAGAAUAAUGAGCUUCUCCAUUAUCAUAAUUUCCCUGAUUUAGAUGAGUGGUUUUCUAACUCUGGGUAGUGAGCGUUUGCAUUGUCCUCUUAUACAUUUGCUCUCUUACGGACGCACUCAGUCGUUCACUGUAUAUGUGUGUGUGUGUGUGUGUGUGUGUGUGUGUGUGUGUGUGUGUGUGUGUGUGUGUGUGUGUGUGUGUGUGUGUGUUUGUGUGUGUGUGUGUGUGUGUGUGUGUGUGUUUCAUAAGGGGGCAAAGAGCCUAAAAAAGGGAAUAAAUGGAUGAGAGUAAAGGUUUUUCCAUUCCACCACAUUUCUAUUUAGCUUGUAUAAAGAAACAACAGCAGGUUCUUAGCUGGUGGCUGGUUUAAAUUCCUGCUAGUUUUCACAGCUUUAAACAAUCCACAGUCCCUAGCUGACACGUCAUUCUGAGGCAGACAUAUUGUGUAGAGAUUAUUAUGAAGUUCCUGCCAGUUAUAUCUUUAUGUCUGUGGUUUGUGCAGCUUCGCGCUUACACAGGAAAUAGGAAUGAGCUGGUUUUCCUGUUUCUCUUCAUCUAUAGUUUGUUUAGAUUUGCACUUCGGAGGGAUUUCUACAUGAACACACUGGUGAUUUGGUGAGGGCUUGGAGACCUGAUCUCACAUUUAGGACCGAAUUUGGUUCUUUGUGGUGCAUCGCAUCAAGCGUCCACAGCUGUGAAUAGAAUAAAAGAGUGGUUAACAACUUAAAA